UUUCUUACAAUAAUAUAAAGAGAUGAGGUUUGGGCGUUGGCCAUUUUAAAAUCACUCAACAAAAUGCCGACCAAGCUUGGAAGAAGCUAUUUGAACCUCUGUUUUACAAAGAUCAAGAACCCACUCGCCACUCACUCUUCUCCGAUCACCCACGCGCCGGAUCCCCACCGUCCCACCCGCCCGUUAUCCUCCUCCUCCUCCGCCGCCGCCACCUCCGCCGCCACUUUUAUCACAAAUUACAACUCCCUCUACGAGAUCGCCACUCUCGAUUCCAAUCCGUUUUUCGUCCCCACCAACGACGGUGGCGAUUCCGACACCCAUGUCGCCGUUGACUUCAUCACUGCAUUCACCUCCCACCGCUUCUUCUUCUCCUCCCCUGGCCGAUCCAAUUCAAUUAUAGAAUCCUCCACGACGACCACCACCACCACCGCUGCCGCCGCCGCCACCGCCACCAAAUCCACAAAUUCAUUAUCUUCCGACGACUUGCUCUUGAACAACAGCUUAGCGAUACCCACUUACUCGCCGGACCCGUACAUAGACUUCCGGCGGUCAAUGGAGGAGAUGGUGGAGGCGCGUGAGGAAAUGGAGGUGGUGAAAUCGAGUUGGGAAUUCUUGCAUGAGCUUCUUUUAUGUUACCUCGCACUCAAUCCUAAGACCACCCACAAACAUAUUCUUAAAGCUUUUGCCGACCUGGCCAAGGUGACAAAACCGCCAUUGCCGCCGCCAGCCGCGGCGGAGGAAGACGGCAGCAGAGGCCGGGAAGCUGAGUCAGCUGAGAUUUCCGACCAACAAAAUGAUGGAGAUUGAUGAAUUAUUUAUUUAUAAAUUAGUCCCUCAAGACUUUGGUUUUUGUAACCUUAAUUAUUAGAUCAAAUCCUCAUCUUUGGUUCUAUUCA